GCAUUACCAAAGAAAACUCAACUUGGAAUGGAAUCAGUUCAAAGUUGUUUCAGCGUAAAGGCAAUUGAAGUUUCAUCAUUUGAGUGAGCACAAACCAAGCUAAACUUUUCUUACACAACGAUAUUUGGGGUCGAAGAUAUCGAAGCACUCUCACUCUCAAAUUUCGCAAAAUAUUCUUCUGCAUGCUCAGUAAUGUCUUCUUUAACUAGAAUCUCAGUUGAUUAGUCUUCAAUAUUAAUAUUUCUGCUUUCUGAGAUUAAUGAUGUGAGAGGUGUUGGAGUAUUUUCAAUCAUAAAGUUCAAGUGAUAUUACAGAAGAUGCUUUUUGUACAAGUAUCUUCUGGCUCGUUCCCGAGCUAGAUAUAACCCAGGAACUAGUUACACUGGUCCAGUUCUUCUUCUGUAACCAGAACUGGUGUAACUUGUGCCUGAGCUAUGUCUAGCUCAGAUACUA